AUGUCGAUUUACGCGUCGCCGUACGACGCGUCAGACGAUGGCGGCAUGCCGGACGAGCUUCCCCGAACCAUCAGCCUCGAGCGGUCCUUCGCUGCCCUUUAUGGCUUGCAGAACAGCCAGCAGCAGCAGCAACAGCAGCAGCAGAGGAAGUUUCGCGGAUGGACUAAGAUGGGUUCAUUCUUCGGUUCGUCCAAUUCCAACGCAGCUGCUGAAGCCUCCCGCCGGGCCUCCGCUGCGGGUUCGUCAGCGGAGGAUCGGAAAGCAAAUGCGGCCCCGUCCCUGCUACGAACAGUAUCGCUACCCAGUCGCGCCGCUGCGCUGAAAGCACAGCGGCAGCAGCAGCAGCAGCAGCAGCAGCGGGAGGUGCAGCAGCAGCAGCGGGAGGUGCCAAGGACGGGGCGAUCGGCGGAGGAGGAGGAGAGAGAGAGGCAGCGGCAGAUCGAAAUGUUCGGCACCGUUCUUGCUGAUGACGUGCCCCUCCCCCCGCCGGGAUAUGAUUACGGCGCCGACCUCUCCCCCGACCACCCUUCGUUCCCUUGCCCAGCCGCAGCAGCGCCGCCGUCGCCGCCUGAAGCGGCGGUGGGUCAGGGGUACGGGGGGCGACCGGGCGCGGAUUACGAGGACGGCAGUAGCGACGGGGAAGGCGACCGCUCUGGGAUAAUUGGAGCAGCCGCAGGGGGGAGGGGAGGGGGGAGGCGGGUGAGGGCGGAGUAUUGCCCGCGGGCAGUGCGUGAGUUUAGGCGCACGACGUCGUCCCCCGUGCCCAAGUGCCCGCCUGCUUCCGCGCCCGUGGGCGCGGCGGGCGCAAGAGACCGGCGCCUGGCGGGGGACUGUGUGGGAGCGACCUUCAACGGGCCCUUCAGCAGCGGCGAGGCCGCCGGGGGCGGAGCGAGCAUGGGCGGCGGCGGCACUGCGGGUGGCGGCAGGGCGGACGACGAAGUGCGCGUUGGCGGUGGGGGCGCUGGGAUCGGCGGGGGCGCUGCGCCUGCUGGUCGCGCCACGAGCGGAACCGCAGGGGCCAUGGGGACUCCGUCCCGCGCGUCUGGGCCGUUUGUUGCGCCUCCUGCCGCCAGCAGCAAGCCGCCCGUGAGAGGCGGGUUUGGGCGCAGCACGAGUGUCACACAGACGCAGGGGAAUGCGGCGGAGGCCGCCGCUCCUUCGGGCGUGGCUGGAAGCGGCGGGGGUGGUGCGGGGGGAGGGCGCAGGGGGUUCCGGCGCGCCAUGUCGAUGGAGCUGCGGCCGCGCGCGAGAGCCAACAGGGCGCCGCUCGCCCUUAACCCGCUCGACGCCUCCCCGCCAGCAAGCAGCGCUGCCAGCGCAUUCCCCCGGCCGCCCGUCCCAUGGGCAGCAGCGGACGAUCCUUGCUCCCCCUCUGCCCCCCUCCCUCCCCCCCAAAAGCAGCCGCCCCCGUCCCUCCCCGCGUCGUCCUCCCCCUUCGGCCGUCCUCCCCCCGGCAGCAACCACAGCGCCCGCGGGUGGGCGGCGUGGACGCAGGCAGAUGAAGCCUCCCCCAGAGCCGCCUUCGCGCCGCCCUUCUUGCGCUCCUCGUCCGUCGGAGGCCCCUCCCCCUCCGCCCUGCGCAACCGAGAGCUGCCCCCGCCCGCCCCCCCCUACAGCGCGCACCCGAACCCACAUGCAGGGAUAGGCGCGUGGGCAGGAGCAGGCGGAGGGGGAAUGGGCGCAGCGGCGGGCGGAGGGUAUGGGUGGGCAUCCCUGGGGUCGCAGCGGUCGUUAAGUCCCGAACGCGCGGAGUCCAGCCAGGGGCCGCUGGGUCUGGUGCAGGAGAGCAGCGAGGAGGGCGAAGAGCCGCGCGUGGGGGGAGGCGUGGGGGAGAGACUGGGCGCAGGGGGAAGGGGCUCCAGGGAGCGGAGUGGAGAGAGGUAUGGGGGAGCGAGGAGGAUGGGUGGGCGGGCGAGGGAAGGCAGGGCGAGAGGGCGAGAUGAGGAGAGUGAGAGCGAGAGUGAGAGUGAGAGUGAGAGUGGAAGUGGGAGCGAGAGUGGGAGUGGGAGAGAGAGGGGCAGUGGGAGUGGGUCGGGAAGCGAGAGUGAAGAGGACAGAGGGGGGCGGAGAGCCCAGCAGCAGCGACCACGUGUGGGCGGCGGGGCACGGGCGCUUGGGGAGGGGCGGGGUGUAGUGGGGGGGAGGGGGAGGUGGGAGGGGCGGGGGAGGGUUCUGCAGGGCGUAGUGGGCAGGGGGAGCGUGGGCAGGGAUGGACUAGCACGGGGGGUUGGGGGAGCGAUGGGGGCAGCAGGGGGGCCGGCGUGGGAGGGGGGGGACGAGGAGGCGGGGGAGGAGAGUCCUCGCGAGGCGACUGUGCGGUGUGUGGCGCCGUCCAUGCACUCGCUGCUGCGCCUCGCCUCCCACUCGCGCCACCGCAGCCUCGACGCCUCCCCCUCCUCCGCCUACCCCUCCGGCUCCCCCGUGCCCCUCUUCCGCCCCGUUUCCCGCCCCGCCCCCCCUGCCUGCGCCCGCAGCCCUGCCCGCCUGGGCGCGUGGGGAGCAGGGGGGGGGGCAGGGCGCGUGGGGGGGUCGCCUGGGAGAGAGGGGAGUGGCGGAGGGGGCGAGGAGGAGGAGAGCGUGAUGCUGCUGCGGGCGAGCACUUUGCAUGAGAGCAGCACUAGUAGCAGCAGGCGUGGUGGCUGGCAUGAGGAGAGGCAGGCAGAGGCAGGGGGGCAGGGCAGUGGGGCAGGCGUGGGGGGUGCGGUGCAGGUGGGUGGGAGGGAGGCGAGGAGGGGGUUGGUAAGGUCGGCCAGUGGGGUGGAGCCGAGGCACUGCCGCAACCGCAGUGCGGGCGGCGGCAUGAGCAUCGGCGCCACAGGCAGCGUUGGCGUCGCUGCCUCUUCCGCCAUGGGGCCCUUUGAGAACUCGUUUCUUCCCAGAGCACCGGCAAUAGCACCUCCACCUGCAGCAGGGCAGGCCCGAGUGGAUCCUCUCAACCCUCGAAGGGGUCUGGUUCGGUCGGCCAGUGGAGUGGAGGCGAGGCACCGGCGGGAGAGGAGUGGAGGAGGUAGCAGCAGCGGCAGUGGGGGGGGUGCAGGCAUGGGGUGGUUGGCGGGCAGCAUGGGGGCAGGAGAGCAGGUGAGCUUGGGGGAGGAGGGGCAAAGUGAGGCGAGAAGGGCGUUCACGCGGUCGAGCAGCGGCGUGGAGGCGCGGCACAGGAGGCAGCGCAGCAGCGGUGCUGGCGGCACGGGCGGUGCGGGCGGCAUUCUCGGCUCGCUGAUGCUGCGCCCGGUUGCAGCAGAUGGAGGCACGGCGGGCGACAGGGACGGUGGUGGUGAGGGCAAGGCGAGCAGCAAGGGGGGGGGCUUUGGGUUGGUGCGCAUGGCUACGAUGGAGAGGCGGCGCGGCAAAGGCCGCAGCAACUCCGUGGUGGAUGACAGACUGGCCGUCAGCCCCUUCCAGGACCUCUCCUGGGAUUAG